GAGAGGCGCUUCGCUGGAGUGGUGGCGCAGCGCUUUCCGCCCGCGGAUAAACAUCUACUGUGAAGAAGAAAGAGCAUCUGGUGCUAAGGUUUAGUUUAAACCUUUAGUGGCUGCUUGGAAAAUGAAGAUGCAGACUCCAGAUUGGCGGUUUAUAUGUUCUUUAUGCAAGGGCAGCAUACUAAAAGAGAGAAGUAACUGCGCUGACCAGUGACCGAAAGCUGCAAGCACUGGAACAUAUUUGCAGAAGACAAGGGAUUUCUAAGGAGGAGGCACCCUCUAGUAAAUGGAAGAUAAAGGUUACUUCAGCUAAAGUGUUUUGUACCUGAGAAAAGAGCUGUCUUCAGCACCUCGCCAUGGGUCUGCUUUUUGUCGCUUAGACAAGCUGGGAGUUUCUGUAUCCCUCGCAUUCCAUAUUGGAAGAAGAGGUUUUUAUACAUGAAAAAAAUGCCUUUGUUUAGUAAAUCACACAAAAAUCCAGCAGAAAUUGUCAAAAUUCUUAAAGACAACCUGGCCAUUUUGGAAAAGCAAGACAAAAAGACAGACAAGGCUUCAGAAGAAGUGUCAAAAUCUCUGCAAGCAAUGAAGGAGAUCCUAUGUGGGACGAACGACAAAGAGCCCCCUACAGAAGCAGUGGCUCAGCUGGCGCAGGAGCUCUACAGCAGCGGGUUGCUGGUGACACUCAUAGCUGACCUGCAGCUCAUAGACUUUGAGGGAAAAAAAGAUGUGACCCAGAUAUUCAACAACAUCCUGAGAAGACAGAUUGGUACACGGUGUCCUACUGUGGAGUACAUCAGUUCUCAUCCUCACAUCCUGUUUAUGCUUCUCAAAGGCUAUGAAGCCCCACAGAUUGCCUUACGCUGUGGGAUUAUGCUAAGAGAGUGUAUUCGACAUGAGCCACUUGCCAAAAUCAUCCUCUUUUCUAAUCAGUUCAGAGAUUUCUUCAAGUAUGUGGAGCUGUCCACAUUUGAUAUCGCUUCAGAUGCCUUCGCUACUUUUAAGGAUUUGUUAACCAGACAUAAAGUAUUGGUAGCAGACUUCUUAGAACAAAAUUAUGACACUAUUUUUGACGACUAUGAGAAACUGCUGCAAUCUGAGAACUACGUGACGAAGAGACAAUCUUUAAAGUUGCUAGGUGAGCUGAUCCUGGACCGCCACAAUUUCACCAUUAUGACCAAGUAUAUCAGCAAGCCAGAGAACCUGAAACUGAUGAUGAACCUGCUUCGAGACAAAAGUCCUAACAUCCAAUUCGAAGCCUUCCAUGUCUUUAAGGUGUUUGUGGCCAGCCCCCACAAAACGCAGCCGAUCGUGGAGAUUCUGUUAAAAAAUCAGCCCAAACUCAUUGAGUUUCUGAGCAGCUUUCAGAAAGAAAGGACAGAUGACGAGCAGUUUGCUGACGAGAAGAACUACCUGAUUAAGCAGAUUCGGGACUUGAAGAAAACAGCCCCGUGAAGAUGGCCCUGCCCUGACAGCCGUGUGUCUCCCUGGCCAGUGUGGACAGUGUUGUUUCAGUCUCUGUGUAUCUCCCUGGCCAGUGUGGACAGUGCCGUUUCAGAGUCUCCGUUCUUAGGAAGGCUUUGGGGGUCCUGUCCUUCUCAAUUGAUUGUUCAAGGUAGAUGAAAUAUAAAUAUUUGAGUGGAAAAAAAAUCAACCUAGAAUAAUAUAUUCAUUUUAAUAAAGCCUGUGAUUGCUUAUGGAAUCAACCAUUAUAUUAAACAUUGAUCAAAAGCAGUGUAAGUUCAGAGCUGGACCCUGGGUCACCUAGGACAUCAGGUCAAGGAACACAAGUGUCUCUUGAAACAGACGAUGGGAGAGGACCCAUCUGUUUUUUGUUUGUUUGUUUUGUUUUGUUUCGUUUAGACAGGCUUUUUCAGACACUGAAGAGAUGGGAGACAGGCCUGCAUUGUCUGUUCAGUGUGCACUUCCUUCUCUGCCUGCUCCCUCCUAGGUAGUAAGUGGUUCCUGGUGUAUGUAGGUGGGAACAGGUGCCCAGCUCCCAGCUCCGUUUCUUCUUCCUUGUAGCCCAUGUCUGCCAUGACCCAUGCCCAUUCCAAUUUCUGAGGACUAGUCUGGAAGCAGCUGAGGGCUGCGUGAGAUCAAUAGAGGUUAUAGGGACAGAGACUCAUGGGCUAUGACUCUCUCAGAGGAGAACUGCAAACAGGUGGCUGUAGUCACCACUGUUCUGUUGGCACUUCUGCAGGGUCAGUGAGUGUGAGGACAUUUCACUAAUAGCUGUUGCUAUGGAAAGAAUGCUUCCUGUUGACUGUUUGGAGAGGUGGAAUCACAGUAGGUACAAACUGUGGGGCUAGAUGGUCAUGUUAUCCUUCCAUCAGUAGAGGGGAGAGUGAGUCAUGCAUAACAAAUGUCUCAGACGACCAAAGGUUCUCUCUUGCUCAGUUUGUUCUGUAAUAACCUGUCAUUCCAUAGCCGUCUAUCAGUGUCUUCAAUGAAAAGCUAAAAUAUCUAAAAUUGUUGGUUCCAAGUACUCUCUUUCAUACUAGAAUAACUAAAGUAUUCAUUUGUGUCCCCUUAACAGGGACAGGAAGAAAAAUUACUUUUUUAAAGGCCAUGGUUUGUUUUCAGACUUCAAACCUUUAAAAUGGAAUUUUAAAGAGACGUUUCCCAGGCACUAAAGCUACAAUUGCUUGUCAGCGCUUCAUGCCCUGAAUUCCCAUGGCACUUGACUGCUGUCUUCCUUGCCUUUGGGCACAUAUGUCUCCAUCCAGAGACUGGAAGGGAAGUGUGUUCUCCAGUAUAAAUGCUUUUAGUGGGUUUCCCACCCAGCAAAUUCCCUGGCAGGGCACCUUGCUUCUUGACUGGGGUUCAAGUGUUUUAUUUCCAUGUUACCCCCCCCCCCCGUCCCGCAGUGUCCUGUAUCCUUCAGUCAUAGAAGUCAGAUUUUUUUUUUUUAUAAUAUUCCCUGAUAGUAUAGAGCCUCUUAGACUUUGACCUUUCUACAUUUGCUUAUUUGAUUAAAAGAGGUGGAAAAAAAAAAAAAAACCUUUAAAUGUGUUUCCAUAGCAUCAUGGGACACAGGCAAGGCCAUGUUUUCAUUUUAUUUCAGUUAAAAACACUUCUUUUCUCUGGGUUUGAAUUGGCUCUUUGCCAGCAUCCUUUUAUCCUGGCUGUGUACCUGCUGGACAGAAAGCUCCAGAGUCUGAGAUACAGUGACUGAGGUAGCCAGGGUGCUGAUGCGAGUUUCUAAGUUAGUCACUUAGAAGGGGCACAUGGGGCUCACCACCAUGGUGUGUUUACACAGAGAUCACUGUAGUACUAUGAGACUUGAAUGUGGAAAGGUCAUGGUUCAUAAGCACAGUUUAAAGACCAAAUAAAA